AGUAAACCUCAGCCUAAAACGGAAACCGGGUAGUGGGUUGUUGAGAAAUGGCGUGUGAAAACAAGAGUGACUUUGUAUGACUCCCGGCUGCCAGACAACGGGCCAGUCAUUCGGUGGCCUCGCUGGUGGAAGGCAGAGGCAAGGAGCAAGACUGGAGGUGAGGCGAAAGGCGCUCUCCCGCUAAUCCUGGGGCAGAAGAAGACAAAGAAAGCAAGCGGGAGAUCGGGACCUUCGCAGGCUGGGCAAACUUUGCUAGAGCGGAGGUGUGGAAUCUACCCGCCUCUUCCUUCGCUGCGCGGGGAACAGUAAGGGCAUGACUAAGUUCCCAAAGAUGAUCACAUAACGUCACCGAGAGGAAGGAGGGAGACUUUCUCCAUGUGCUGGAAGCUGCCGGAGAACUUUCGAGCGUUGAUUUCCUGCCUUGGCUGUGUGUGUUUUGGGGAGAAGGCAAUGACGGAAAGCAGAGAUGCGGCGGGGGAGUCAUCUUCCCAGGAGCAGAAGCGAGAAAAAGAAAGGAGGAGGAAGAAACGGAGGAAGAAGAAAGAUGCCAGAAAGGCGCGGAUCGUGUCUUCCAACCUGUUGCUCCCCUGGCCUGACUCGGAGAACUCCAGGCACCCAGCUAACAAUAGACUGAAGACCACCAAAUACACAGCGGUGUCCUUCUUGCCCAAGAAUCUCUUUGAGCAGUUCCAUCGCUUUGCCAAUGUUUAUUUCGUUUUCAUUGCUUUACUUAACUUUAUGCCCGCUGUCAAUGCCUUCCAACCAGAGCUGGCAUUGACCCCAGUGCUCUUCAUCUUGGCAGUCACGGCAGUCAAGGACUUGUGGGAAGACUACAGCCGAUACCGUUCAGACCAGGAGAUCAACCAUAUGGAGUGUUUGGUCUACUGCAGGAAUGAAAGUAAAUACACCACAAGAUACUGGAAAGAAGUAAAAGUUGGAGACUUCAUCCAGCUUCGCUGUAAUGAGAUCAUACCUGCAGACAUAUUGCUGCUUUGUUCAAGUGAUCCUGAUGGCUUGUGUCACAUAGAAACUGCUAAUCUGGAUGGAGAAACCAACCUGAAACAGAGACAAGUUGUGAGAGGAUUUUUGGAGCUGGACUCUGAAUUUGACCCCAUGAAAUUUGCUAGCACCAUUGAAUGUGAAGAACCCAAUAUUGACAUACGUAGAUUUCGAGGCUUCAUUGUGCAUAAGAAUGGGGAAAAAGUCCCACUGUGUAAAGAAAAUCUUUUGUUACGAGGUUGCACUGUUAGAAAUACAGAAGAAGUCUCUGGAAUAGUGAUCUAUGCAGGCCAUGAGACAAAAGCCUUGUUAAAUAACAGUGGACCACGUUACAAACGCAGUAAGCUUGAAAGACAAAUGAAUUGUGAUGUUCUUUGGUGUGCCCUCAUACUUAUCACAAUGUGCUUGUUUUCUGCUAUUGGGCAUGGAAUCUGGGUCUGGCAGUACAAUGACAAAAAGAAACCUGUCUUUGAUGUCCCAGGUCCUGAUGGAAAGUAUUGGCCUCCAGCUCAAGCUGCCGUUUAUUUAUUUUUGACAAUGAUUAUAGUUUUUCAGGGUCUCAUUCCAAUUUCCUUAUAUGUCUCCAUUGAAAUUGUUAAAAUAUGCCAAGUUUAUUUUAUUCAUCAAGAUAAAGAUUUGUUUGAUGAAGAGACAGACUUUCAGCUACAGUGUCGAGCUUUGAAUAUCACAGAAGAUUUAGGGCAGAUUCGAUACAUAUUUUCUGACAAGACUGGGACCCUCACUGAGAAUAAAAUGGUUUUCCGGAGGUGUACAGUUUCUGGUAUAGAAUAUUCCCAUGAUGCCAAUGCAAGGCGUUUAGCUAUGUACCAGGAAGCUGAUUCAGAAGAUGAAGAAACCUCACCCAAAGCAGGGACAUUGUCCCAGAGGAAUAGCAUUAGCAGUCAUCAGAGCGUUAAAGUCACCUACAGGAACCAGAGUAUAAAAUCUCAUAGGCGAACAGGGAGCAGAGCAGAAGCCAAGAGAGCAAGCAUUCUGUCAAAGCAUACAGCUUUCAGUAGCCCAAUGGAAAAAGAUAUUACACCUGAUCCUAAUUUGCUACAGAAAGUAAAUGAAUGUGCAAAGUACCUGGAAGUCAUGCGAAACCACGAUCAACCAUUAUUCCAACUGUCCCCUGAACUUUCAGACAUCUUUGACUUUUUCAUAGCUUUGACAAUCUGCAAUACAGUGGUGGUUACAUCUCCAAAUCAACCACGACAAAAGGUUAGAAUCAGAUUUGAAAUGAAGUCUCCCGUAAAGACAAUUGAAGACUUCAUUCGGAGAUUCACCCCCAGCCGACUGGCCUCUGGAUCAAACAGUAGUAGCUCUUCAAGCCUGGCAGCCAGCAAAUCAAGCCAACGAGCAAGCUCGGGCGUUCUUUCACCAGCAUCUGCAGAAUGCACUUUAUUAAAACUAGAAAAGUUCUCCAACUCUUCCCAGCUGAAUAACAAUGGCUACAGUUCUCAGCAAGCCACUUGGGCCUCAGAAACUGGGGAAGAAGAGGAGGAACUGCGCUAUGAAGCCGAGAGCCCUGAUGAAGCUGCCCUUGUCUAUGCAUCGAGGGCAUAUGACUGUGCUUUAGUUGGCAGGCUGCCUGACCAGGUAUCAAUUGAGCUACCUCACCUGGGAAGACUCACCUUUGAACUCCUACACAUCCUGGGCUUUGACUCCAUCCGGAAGAGAAUGUCAGUGGUUGUCAGACACCCUCUUACAAAUGAAAUAAAUGUUUACACUAAAGGAGCAGAUUCUGCAAUCAUGGAUCUCCUUCUGCCCUGUUCAUCAGAUGAUGCCCGAAACAGGCAUCAAAAGAAAAUCCAAAGCAAGACUCAGAGGUUUCUUAACCUAUAUGCUGCUGAUGGUCUGAGGACAUUGUGCAUUGCAAAGAAAGUGCUGAGCAAUGAGGACUAUUCUUGCUGGUUAAAAAGUCACAUUGAAGCAGAAUCCUCUACUGAAAACCGUGAAGAGCUGCUGUUCCAGUCUGCCAGUCGUAUAGAGACUAAUCUUCACCUGCUAGGUGCAACUGGUAUUGAAGAUCGUUUGCAGGACGGAGUCCCAGAAACCAUUACAAACCUGCGCAAGGCUGGCCUUCAGAUAUGGGUUCUAACUGGAGAUAAACAAGAAACUGCCAUUAAUAUUGCUUAUGCCUGCAAGCUGUUGGAUCACGAUGAAGAGAUCAUCACUCUGAAUGCCGAUUCAGUGGAAAUGUGUGCCACAUUGCUGGAACAACACUUGCAUUGUGUAGAGUCUAAAUUUUCCAGUGAAACACCAGAGAACUUCCUUCAGAACACAGGAGGAAGGUUUUCCCCCUUCUCUGUGUCGUCAUCACUCAGCCAGCCCAACCUGGGCUUAGUAAUUGAUGGGAAGACCCUGGCUUAUGCUCUGGACAAAGGCCUGGAAGACAAAUUUCUUUCAUUAGCCAGGAGAUGUCGUUCUGUGCUAUGCUGCCGUUCUACUCCAAUUCAAAAGGGGAUGGUUGUCAAACUGAUCAGAGAUAAACUCAAGACAAUGACUUUGGCAAUAGGUGAUGGGGCUAAUGAUGUCAGUAUGAUCCAAGUGGCUGAUAUUGGUGUGGGGAUCUCUGGUCCAGAAGGCAUGCAGGCUGUGAUGGCGAGUGACUUUGCAAUUCCGAAGUUCCGAUAUUUAGAGAAACUCCUUCUUGUGCAUGGCCACUGGUGUUACGCCCGACUCGCCAACAUGGUGCUGUAUUUCUUCUACAAAAAUGCAAUGUUUGUGGCCCUUCUUUUCUGGUACCAGUUUUACUGUGGAUUUUCGGGGUCAUCGAUGAUUGAUCAGUGGUACCUGAUCUUCUUUAACUUACUAUUCUCAUCUCUUCCUCAAUUGAUUGUUGGAGUUCUUGAUAAAGAUGUACCUGCAGAAACAUUAAUUGCUAUGCCUCAACUCUAUACAAGUGGCCAGAAGAUGGAGGAGUACCAGCCGCAUAUGUUUUGGAUGAACAUGAUUGAUGCUGUCUAUCAAAGCUUGGUUUGCUUCUUCAUUCCUUACUUUAUACAUUAUGAUUCAAAUGUGGACAUAUUCUCAUGGGGAACUCCGAUCACCACAGUAGCUCUCUUUACCAUAAUACUUCAUUUGGCUAUAGAAACCAAAACCUGGACUUGGAUACAUUUGUCAUCAUGUGUCUUCAGCAUUGCUUUAUUCUUCAUUGUGGGACUCAUUUAUCAUAUUUCUUGUCCAAUAUGCCAUCCUCCAUCCAAUCCCUACUGGACUAUGGAGAAACUGAUGGGAGAGCCAAUGUUUUAUCUGACUUGUCUUAUUUCACCUAUUGUGGCUUUGCUUCCCAGAUUUCUGUACAGAACACUUCAAGGCACGCUUUUCCCAACCCAGCUUCAACUUGGACGCCAGUUGUCAAGAUUACCUCCAGGCUCACGCAGCCAGCUUUUAAACAAGUGGAACACCAAAAGGGACACCAAUCCCCAAAUGUAUCAAAAUACUGGUUAUUCUCCUGAAAGCCCAUAUGUCAUUACUAGUGGUUUUUUAAGGACCUGUAACCACAACAGGCCAACAGAAUUAUCUCAGCAAAAAAUGGAGCUAUCUCAGAUGCCAAAACCAGGGUGCUCAACAGAUUUAAAUAUUCCUGUGUCUCCUCUUGGUGCUCAACUUUGCGAGGAAAAUGGGCAUCUUUCAGUCGCUGAUGACCAAAGUGAACCGUCUGUGCAUUUUCAAAAAAGUGCUUCUGAUCUAGAGCCAGCAGUGAUGAAUAUGGGUGAAACAGUACAGUGGAAUUCAAGAGUAGAUGGGUCAGAUUUCAGCUUGUUAAAUUGGUUUUCAUCGACUCCAUUAUUCAAGAGCAUCAAAAGUGAUCUGCCAUGGUUCUCAGGCAGUUUACAGAACAGAAGGCGUGAGAGUACAGCUCUGUGCAGUUGCCAUUCUCAGGACUUCAAGGGCUUGACGGAGCAGAACUCAUCCUGUUUUCAGGAGCAGGCAAAAACGCCUUCAGGAGACUGCUUGAAAGCCGAAUCUCUUGAAACAACCGUUUUAUGACAUUGGCAUUACAGAACAGACACAAUUUCUAUUUGCACAAAAAGGAAUAGAGUGCUCUCUCUCUUGGGGUGAAAAGAGCAUUUAAGGUACAUAGAUUUAUUAUGAAAGAAAACCUAAGCAAGUAUCUUGAAAAUAAGAGCUUUAUAUACAAAUAAAGAUGCCUAUAUGUAAAUAUAUAUAUAUUUAUUUUUCAUCUCAUUUUAUACAAAUGCAAUAAUUUUAUUAAUAUCGGUCCUUUUAUGAACACAUUUACUAGGCCACAACCAUUGGAUUGAUUUAGUCUUAAUGGGGGAGAUAGGAAGAAAAUGCUACACUGAUUUGAUAAAAACAGUCCUCACUGGUUUUAUUCAAGUGAAAGGACUUGAGCAGGAAGAAAAAAGGGUAUUCCCUGAAGCCAGUUGCUAAGAAAUUUUCCUGAAAGAAAACCUCACUUAUAAAAUAGCAUCCCACUGCCUUGAAAACAAUGCCGAUAUCUUACAAACGUGACCUUAUUUUUUAUAUUUCAACCUUACCAGUUUGUGUAUUAUGAGAAAAUAAUAAAGAAGUAAAAUCCAUAUUGCAGCUUGAUAUA